AUGGACUCCGAUAGCGAAGAAUAUUUGGCAGAAGCUGGGCGAAAAGCAAAACAAAAAUUCCUAACUCCCCCCCCUCCGUGAGUGAACAAAAAAUUUGUAUAAAAAUUAAUUUUUUUUAAAAUUUAAAAAAAUCCUAAUUCGAAAAAAUUGGAAAACAAAUAUUAAUUUAAUUUAUAAAUUUAUGUUUUUAAAAAGCAAUUCGUUUUUAAAAUUAAACAGAAUGAGCUCUAGAUUUCAUUAUACUAAUUAUCAUUUAUAUAUCAAAUUUUUUUCCAUAAAUAUUUUUUCUAUUAAUAAAAAUUUUGUUCACUCAUGGAGGGUGGGUUUUUGGGCAAAAAAUAGCGAUUUUUCUAAUGGUUUCGUUCACUCACGGGGGGGGGGAGUAAGAGAAGAAAUCAUAGAACUUAACUAUGACCCGAAAUUGUUUACACACUUUUGUGAAAGCAAAAAAGGCGCUGAUAUUGACUUAUACACAACUGAAGAAUUAGAAGAAUGUGUCAAAGAGUUUAAAAUAAGGUUCAGGUCAAACGAUACAUAUGAACAAUAUCAAGAAAAAGUGAGAAAAGAUAAGGAGCUUGAAAAACGAUUAUACGAAAUCCCUAUAAGAAAAGUAAAUAAAGCAGUAGAGAGAGAGAGAUUAGUUAGAGAGGUUAAGCGGGGAUUCUUUCAGCUCCUAGCCAGUCGGACUUCAGCUUCGUGCUUCAUGUGGCACUAACUCCCCCCCCCCUCCGUGAGCGAACAAAACCAUUAGAAAAAUCGCCAUUUUUUGACCAAAAACCCACCCUCCGUGAGUGAACAAAAAUUUUUUUAAUAGAAAAAAUUUUUAAUGAAAAAAAAUUUUGAUAUAUAAGUGAUAAUUAGUAUAAUGAAAUCUAGAGCUAAUUCUGUUUAAUUUUAAACAAAUUGCGUUUUUUAAAACAUAAAAUUUUGCAAAUUAAAUUAAUAUUUGCUUCCCAAUUUUUGCAAAUUAGGAUUUUUUUUAAAUUUCGAAAAAAAAAAUAUUUUUUAUAAAAUUUAUAUAUAAAUUUUUUUAAAAAAAAAAAUUAACCCCCCUCCGUGAGUGAAACAAAAUUUUUUUGUUCGCUCACGGAGGGGGGGGGGGGGAGUAAGCACUAAAGCCACCUAACGCCCUUUUUCUUCGGAGCCAUCAAAAAUGGUGACGUCCUCAGUCUGUCGGGGAGACUCACCCGACCCUGCUGGAUCAAAAAUUUCGGCAAGGACUCUCUUAAACCCCUGGUGGUGCUCAGGGUAUGAGAGGAUCGUCCAUUGUCUUCUUCUGGAACCACCUGUGCCAUUCGCAGGCACCAUAAUGCUCCUCCAGAAGUGCUUGAUUGAUGUUGCGCCGUCGGUAUCUUGUCUGUGGGUCGAGGGAAGCCCAGUCAGCCCAAGUCUGCACCCCACCCCGGAGAAUUGCCAUCUGCGACCCCUUGGCCUUUCGGCCGUUUUAUUUUUUUUUACACGGCCGAAUUCUGGGAUUUUUUUUUGCUGUCGCCGAGCCAAAAUGGAUUUCCAUCUUGCAAGAUGGAAAUUCCUAAAGCAGUAGAAGAAUAUAAGAAACAAGAAGAAUCGAAAAAUUAUAUAGAAACUAGAACAGUAUCGUUGGCUAGCUUAGAAUCGCAAGGUGAAAUAUUUUCAGUUCAAGCUGAAAUGGCGACUCCAACUGACUUGUUGAAUUGCAAGAAUUUAAAAUUGACAGUCUCUGAACCUAAAGUUGUCCAAGGAGGACUUUUUGGGUCUAAUUAUGUAAUUUACAAUAUUGUUACUUCGCCACUCGGCUGGGAUGUAAGGCGACGAUAUAAGCAGUUUAAAUGGCUUCGAGAAGUCCUUUCCCACGAAUUCCCUGGCUAUUACAUACCUCCACUCCCUGACAAAAAAGCUCACGGUAACACAGAAGACAUGACCAUCCUAAAGCGUCAACGUUUCCUUCAGCGUUACAUGAACUCUCUUAUAUCCAACCCAAUUUUCCGAUCUUCCCCCUCUUUUGAGUUAUUUCUAAAAGAAAACUCUGACAAAGAAUUUAAAUCCAGUAAAGAUUGCAAUAAAAAAACAAAACGUGCUGCCCUUAACCAGUUUAUAAGCCUAACUGGGGAUUUAUAUUGCGAUUCACGAGACCAUGCUACAAAAUUCAACGCUAUCAGCCAAUAUUUAAAUAAUGGAGAAACCAUAAAAAAAAAACUCAAGCGGCAAUCAGAAGAAAUAAUGGAAGAUUUAUUAAAAUUAUCCAAAACAAUAGCGAGCUAUGCAGAAACUAUAAGGCAAGCUGCAGAUUUGCAAGACUUGCCUGACUUUAAUGAUGGACAUAAAGAGCUAUAUAAAAGUCUCAAUGAUGCUCUAUUAGAUUGAUCUGAUUGAGAAAUAGAAAAUUCAAAUUUUAUUUCUGAUUAUUUUAACAUGUUUUUUAAAUUUGGGUAUAUGGAAUUAGGAGCGUUAAAAGAGCUGAUAAAAGAAAGAGAAAAUCAUUAUGGGAACUUUAAGAGGGCUGAAGGAAAAGAAAGCGAAAAAAGGAGAAAAGCAAAGGAGUGGUAUGGGUUUUAUAAUUAUCAGUGCUUGACUGAGACAGAAAGAGUGAUUUUGGCUUGUAGAAAUGGCACUUGUGAGCAUUUUUCUGAUAUGGCUAACUACCAAAUUAAAAGUGCUAUCAAAUUUAGGGGGAUUUGGGAAAAUUUAAAUACAAAAGUAGUGGAAAUAAGUGAUAGAUUUAGUUUCUUUCGGUAA